AUGGGCGGCGCUAGUUCCAAGCCGGCGCGCAAGCUGGGCUCGACGGUUGCCUCGAAGCCGGUCGCGCCUGCGGCCUCUCAAGUGCCACGCAGUGCGCCUCCGCCGCCAAAAGAGGCACAGGACACGUCGCGCUUUACCAAGGACCAGUCCAUCCGGCAAGACGCGCGCGAUCCGCAAUUUAUCCAGAACCUCCGGUCGCUGGGGCCGGUCGAGAUCCAGGGCAUGGAGGAGAAGAGAGACCAGUCCGACUCGAUGCUCGGCAUCAUGCGUGCGCGUGCGCAGCACGAGGUCGAGACGGAAGAGCCCCAAAGCACAUACGCCCCGGGCCUCACCGCGCCGGAGCUCGUGCGGCUUUUGGAGGAGUACGAGGCGUCGCCGAGCGAUGCGCAUCUCGACCGCCUCGCGGUCGAGUACGACGUGGACCGCGCGAGUCUCGGGCGUCUCGUGAAGUUUGUUCGCGCGCCGGACGACCAGCCGCUCACUACGUAG